AUGAUACAGUAGAAAUAUUAAAUUGAAAAUCUAGAAGAUUUUUUAAAUACUGAACUAGAAUAUAACACUUUUGAAGAUAUUAAUAUAAUAUUUCACUCAAAAUAAUUAGAUGAAAAGGAUUUAUCAGAUUUAUUUUCUGCUCUGUCAAAGUGUUCUAAUCUCUAAAAUUUGAAUCUCAACCUUGCGUACAAUCGAAUAGGUUCUAAAGGUAUAUCAUAAUUAGGCUCUGCUUUGAUAAACUGCAAAAAUCUCUAAAUUUUAAACCUUGACCUAUUUGAAAAUUAAUUGGUUGACGAUGAUGUCUAAGGGAUAUGCUUUGCUUUGGCAAAUUGCACAAAAAUAUCAAAUUUGAUACUAGGGCUUGUAAAUAAUAAAAUUGGUCCAUAAGGAGUAUUUAACUUAGUUUCUCCUCUUACAGAUUGCUCUAAUCUCUUAGAUUUACAACUUGAUCUUGGUCAUAAUGGUCUUGGUGCAUAGGGUGCAGCAGUUAUAGGUUUAGAAUUAUCAAAGUUCAUAAAUAUCCAAAAUUUAACUGUUUUACUCUAUCAAAAUUAAAUUGGUUCACAGGGUUUAAUUGACUUAUGUUCACCUUUAGUAAACUGUAUUAGCCUUAAAAAAUUGGUUCUAGGAGUUGAAAUGAAUGAAAUUGAUCAUUAUGGAGCAUCGAAGAUAGGCUAAACUCUAUCAAAAUUAAUUAAUCUUUCAAAUUUAACACUUUGUUUAGGUUAAAAUUAAAUUGGAGAUGAAGGUAUAUCAGGCUUAGGUUGUGGAUUUGUUAGCAGUAGUUUACUCUCUACUUUAGUAUUAAAUUUAGAUGAUAACUAGAUAGGACCAUUGGGUGUUAUAUGUUUAGCAUAAUCUUUGUCAAGUUGUACUAAUCUUGAAAAAUUGAUACUUAGUUUCAGGAAAAGUUUAUUGAGCUCAUAGAGUGUACAAGAAUUAUGCUCAGCAUUGAUAAAAUGCAAUAAUCUCUUUAGUUUGACACUUUCUUUAAUCUGCACAAAUAUUGAUGAAGAGAUUUUAUUUAAUUUAAUUACUAUUUUGGGAAACUAUAAUAACCUCUUAUACUUUAGGAUAGUAGCUUGUGAUAACUAAAUUAGUGAAGAAUCAAAAUCAACAUUAAAAAGUAAAUUUCUUAAGCUCAAGAAAUUAGUUUUCCAGAGUGUAUAAUUAUGA